UGCACAUGUGCAUAAUGAAAACAGGCCUCGUGCAAGGUGUAGUAUAUCUGCCAUCACAGAAAUGGUAUUAAUUUGAAAGCCCUUAUAAAAUUUAGUUCUACAGACUGCAAUGAACACUAGUAUGGCUAACCACCAUACGAAUUUCGCUUCAACAAGCAGAACGCCACUUCUAAGCCAUAGAUCCCACAGAAAUAAACAUCCAAUGGAAUUGAAUGAAAGUACAACCAUACACCGGAAAGUGGACAAUGAGAACAUUCCAGAAAACAAAGAAAUUCCUCAUAAUAAGUACUUAUCAUGCAUUAAAAUAAAUCUUCUUACAAUUCUGACAAUCCUGGCUGUGGUGUUAGGCAUUGCUCUCGGAUUUGGACUUCGUUACACUGGACACUGGACAUCAAGACAAAUUAUGUACAUCAAUUACCCUGGAGAACUUUUCCUUCGAAUGUUGCGAUGUCUUAUUUUGCCUUUGAUCGUUUCCAGUCUCGUAUCAGCGCUGGGAACUCUGGAUACCAGGCUCUCCGGAAAAAUCGGUGUUCGCGCUAUAGUAUAUUAUAUGUUUACAACAGUUUUAGCCAUUAUCCUCGGGAUAAUCCUAGUUGUAGUUAUUCAUCCCGGUGCGGGGAAUCCUGAUGACAUUGCUCGCAGUGAGGAUUCAACGAGAUUCUCAACAACGGAGGACACUCUAAUGGAUCUUGUCAGAAAUAUGUUCCCUCCUAACAUCAUUCAAGCGUGUAUGCAGCAGUUUUCAACGGUAAUCAUUCCUCCGGAAACUCACGAGAAAGAUUUGAAGAAUAUAACAGGUGAAAACAAUAACUCCAAUGAAAUCAGUAAAUAUGCCUGGGAAAUCAGGGGCAAUUACAACAACGAAACCAACAUUUUAGGGGUGGUGGUGUUCUCUGUAGUCUUGGGUGUGACUUUAGCGAAAAUGGGAGAAAAAGGAAAACCGUUAUUGGACGUUUUUGUUAGUCUCGGUGAUGCUGUAAUGAUUAUCACUAAAUGGGUAAUAUGGUUGUCUCCUGUAGGUAUCAUUUUCCUAAUAACGGCCAAGAUGUUGGAAAUGGAAGAUUUCUCUGUAAUUGUGGGACAGUUAGGAAUGUACACCGCCACUGUGAUUUUAGGGUUAUUUAUUCACGCUUUUAUUACUCUACCUGUUAUAUACAGUAUAGCAACUCGAUCCCUGCCUUUCAGGUUCAUGUCCAACAUGAUGCAGGCCAUAACUACUGCCUUCGGAACAGCAUCAAGCUCGGCAACAUUACCAGUGACGUUCACUUGUAUUGAAGAAAAAAACCAUGUGGACGUCAGGGUGUCCAGGUUUUGUCUCCCUAUAGGAGCCACCAUUAAUAUGGACGGUACUGCCCUCUACGAAGCAGUAGCGGCUAUCUUUAUAGCGCAGAUCCGAAACUUAAGUAUGGAUGCUGGGAAAAUUAUUGCAAUUAGCAUUACUUCAACAGCUGCGAGUAUUGGAGCUGCAGGUAUACCACAAGCUGGACUAGUUACCUUGGUAAUAGUUCUUAAUGCCAUUGGCCUACCAGCGGAAGACGCCACUUUUAUUCUUAUCGUUGAUUGGUUAUUAGAUCGCUUCAGAACAGCAAUCAACGUUCUUGGAGACUCUUUUGGUGCAGGAAUAGUAGCUCAUCUCAGCAAGGAUGAUCUUAAUAGGCUGGAUGAGGAAUCGAAACAUAAUCACCAUUUGAGUAAACAAAGCAUCUUAACUAGAGAUAGCGAAAUCACUCCCAUGUAAAAUCAUUGGUUAUUUUAAGCGUCCCUCGUGUCAAAUCGUUAUCUACUUUAAGGAGUUCUGUAAAGUCAUUGGUUAUUUUAAGCACCCCCGUGUCAAAUCGUUGGCUACUUUAAGGAGUUCUGUAAAGUCAUUGGUUAUUAUAAGCGUCCCACAUAUAAAAUCGUUGACUGCUUUAAAGAAUUUCGACGACCAAAACGUCUUCGA